UUUAGGAUCACAUUGUCGAUUUAUCCACUCGUGUUUUUUCUUCGCUUAUGUUUGCAGCAAAAACUUGGAUCAAGUACAUUAUUCAAUAUCAGAAUUCUAAAAUAUACUUUAUUUGCUAAAAUCGUAAGACUUGAUGAAAUAUCAUUUACAAAUCGGGCCUAUUAGUUUUAAGUGGAGAUAAGUUAAUUGUCUAAGUAUAUAAGUGAAAAAUGGCAAAAAAUAAAAGUACUGUCUACCUUGGUUUUGAGGAUGAGGAAGUCACUGGCAAACACGGAUCCAUACUAAACAGUACGGUGAACAAAGUUGGUGGAACACCGGACUGGCCCUCUGGUGAGAUAAAAGUGCCUUCGUGCCCGCUAUGUGGUACAGCACGCCCGCUAAUUGUGCAGCUAUAUGCACCAUUGGAGUUAUCGCAAUUUCAUCGAACCUUAUAUGUUUUUGGUUGCUUAAACCCGGCUUGUUCUCAAAGCUCCAAGAGUUGGCUAUGCAUACGUACACAGCAUCUGGACACACCAAGUGAAGCAGAACUAAUAAGCGCAGUGCCGCCACCACUAACAGCAGGUGGCGGUGGAGGAAAGAAAAAAAAGAAUAAGCUAGCAUCAAAUGCAACGCAGCCUCAAAAAAUUACUUGGUGCAGUGGUGCCGAUGAUUGGGGCGAAGCAGGGGAGGAGAGUAUUGCAGCCUCCGAUAAUGGUGUGGAGCGCAUGGAUACAGGCGCUGAUGAGUUACAUCAUCAAAACGAAGAGAACGGCAACGUAAUUGGAAAUAAUGAUAACUCACCCUUUUGUGGCGAGCACUUACCGCAGGUCGACUUAGGCAACAGUGAUGUUGAUGAAGAUGAUGAUGACGAAAGCAAUUCGAUGGAUAACGAACUAGUAUAUGGCUUUGGACAACUCGAUAUGCAUUCACCGCAAAAUGUAGUUGAAGAUCCCAACGCCAACUGUGCUGCUGGUAAUGCGGCUGCCGCAGCUGCUAUGGAUGGUGGCGCAAUGAUGGGCUUCGGCGGUGCCACCGCUACCAUUUGUGCCGAAAUUGAAGGAGCUGAGACAGAUGUAGUACUCGUGGAGUCGCCCCUAAAGCCAGAACGUGACUUAAUUGCACUCCUGAAGCAUACUGCAACGCCUGCGGCACUCGGACCCCUUGCCAAGACAUCAGAUGUUACUAUUAAGCCAUUCUUCAUCGCUGUGGAUUUAGAGCAGCGGCAUAAACUUAUCGAAUUUGAAAACUAUGGUGGUGCGCUAUCGGCGGAUCACAUACGUGAUUUAUACCAAGAGUAUAAACGACAGGAUGAGGCGGCAAAUUCGCCAAACGGGCUUGGUGCAUGUGGUGGAGCAAGCGGAGAGGGGCUAGGUGCUGCUGGAGAUGAAAAAGAAGUUUACGAGAAAACUUUGCCGGCGCAUGGUGAUAUAAUUUUUCAUCGAUUUGUUAGUACUAUACAACAAAACCCCGGUCAGAUAAUAAGGUAUUCACGUGAUACACUACCCCUAUUGAUGGGACCACUAUCCGAAGCAAUACCAAAGUGCGCGAACUGCAAUGGCGAGACCAUAUGUGAAAUUCAAAUCCUUUCCACACUCAUACCGAAAUUACGUUUACAGCAGAAUAGCGAUCCGGUACCCAUCGAAUACGGCAAUGUGCUGGUGUUUACAUGUCUCAAAUGCUGUUGGGAUACACCCGACAAGAUGCGCUAUGAACGAGUCAUUGUACAAGCCGAGCUGUAAACAAUAAAAGAGCAAAGCAGAAUGAGGUGGCAACAGAGAAUCCUAGUAUCUGGCGAAUAUGCUUGAAAAUCAUAUCGCACAUGAUCUUCAAAAGUGACUUAACUCAAAAUCUGGCAUUUUUGAAAUUAUGCACUAAAAGCGUACACAGAGCUUU